CCCAUCCAAGACCCAGCAGGCAUCACUGCAAUGAACAGGAUCACCGCACGCCAAGGCCCACUCUCGGCCCGAGUGUGAUUAACCUGCAGCCAGCAAGUCGGCUUCCAGACGCCAUCCACCCCCAAUUGGCUAGCCAGCACCCAGCUCAAACACUUCGAGGGGAUUGCUUUAUCAUAUCCAUGUCUAUCGAUCCUCCGGGCCCACGCACACCGCAUCCGAUACACAAUGGGUAGAAAAUAUAGAUAGCUGGGUAUCCGGCUGCCACCCACCGCGCAACCCGACACUCAACCCACGGCGUGGUCAGCAGUAUACAUCUCAUGGCAACGCUGAUCCCGAGCGAAAAACGCUCGGACUCCCCUGCCGAAGCCGUGUGCAGUUCCGGCCAGGAUGACCCGAUCUCCUCCGAUGAAACAGCAGCAGAAGAAGAAGAGGAAGAAGUCUACUCGAUCUACACCGGCACGGCCAGAAGUCUAAUCGUCCUAACGGCCUCCGUAGCCGGUUUCUUCUCCCCCCUCUCGGCCAACAUCUACCUACCUGCUCUCGACACCCUAGCCGAUGAGCUCCACGUCACCGACACCAUGAUCAACCUGACCGUGACAACAUACAUGAUCUUCCAAGGCCUCGCCCCUGCCAUCUUCGGCGGUCUAGCAGACACCGCCGGCCGUCGCCCCGCCUACAUCAUGUGUUUCACCGUAUACAUCGCCGCCAAUAUCGGCCUCGCCCUGCAACGCAACUACGCCGCCUUGCUCGUCCUACGCUGUCUCCAAAGCACCGGCAGCAGCAGCACCAUCGCCAUCGCCAACGCCAUCGUCGCCGACGUCGUCACUCCCGCCGAACGCGGCCUCUACAUCGGCUACGGCUCAGCAGGGAGUAUAUUCGGCCCGUCGGUCGGGCCCAUCAUCGGCGGUCUCCUCACCCAAUUCCUCGGAUGGCCCUCUAUCUUCUGGUUUCUGGUCAUAUUCGCAGGCGUCUUCUUCCUCCCCCUCCUUCUUUUCCUCCCGGAAACGGCCCGAAAGGUAGUGGGUAAUGGCUCGCGACCAGCCCCGGCAUGGAAUCUCUCUAUUAUGCAACUCUGCAAAUCCUCCCCUACUACGACCGAUACCCCGGCAGUCAAAACGCAGAUAACUUUCCCCAACCCACUCAAAACCCUCAUCAUCCUGUCGGACAAAGAAGUCUUCCUCAUCCUUUUGGGGAACAGCCUCGCCUUCGCGGGCUACUACGCCGCCUCGACGAGCAUAACCUCCCAAUUCGCAACCAUCUACCACUUCAACGACGUGCAAAUCGGCCUAUGCUUUAUCCCCGUCGGCGCAGGAAGUCUAAUAGCCGCAUAUACACAAGGCAAGAUCGCGAAUUGGAAUUAUCGUCGCCAUGCUCAUAAAUCGGGAAUUACGAUAUCCACGACCCGAAAACAAAACAUGGAUGAGUUUCCUCUCGAGCGCGCCAGGACGGAAGUCAUCCUUCCUCUUGUGCUUAUUGAGGGCAUGGCGUUGAUUGCUUAUGGCUGGGUUCUUCAUUAUGAGACGAACCUGGCAGGGCCGUUAAUUCUCCUCGUGUUCAUUGGGUAUACUUCCGGAGCGACGUUGAAUAUAAUGAGUGUGUUGAUGGUGGAUAUUUAUCCUGAGAGUCCGGCCACGGCCACGGCGGCGAAUAAUCUCACGAGGUGUUGGUUGGGGGCUGUGGCCACGGCGGUGAUUUUGCCUAUGAUUGAGGGGGUGGGCAGGGGUUGGGCGUUUACUAUUAUUGGGUGCUUGUGUUUUUUGUGUGGGCCGGUGAUUGGUGUGGUUUGGGGGUGGGGGCAUGGGUGGAGGAGGGAGAGGCAUAGGAGGGAGAAGGAGAGGGGUUUGAGGGGGGGAUAA